GGUGGAUAUAGAAUGGAAUGCUGAAUGUUUGAUCUGAAUUUGUAUUUACAGAAUUUUAUAUUCAAUCAUGAAUUCACUACUUCCAGACAGUGAUAGUGAAGAUGACUUGCCACAAGGGUGGGAGCAAAAAGUUUCGCUCACCAAUCGUGUUUACUAUCUAAACAAUAAAACCAAAACUACACAAUGGAACCAUCCGAUAAGUGGCAAAAAGAAAGCUGUGAGUGGAAAACUACCGGAAGGUUGGCAACGCAAAUUCGAUGAAGAUGGAAAUCAUGUUCUCUAUUAUAAUAUCAACACUCAUCAAGCCACUUAUACUGAUCCUCGAUUAGGAUCGGCAUUUGAGGUUAUGGAUUAUCGAGGCAUUCCAGCUAUGGCAAGAAAUAAAGAAUUGGGACCUAAUAGUACUACUGAAGAUGUAUUGGAAAAAGCCGAUCUUUCUGGUGAAAUUGCCAUUGUAACUGGUGCCAAUAGUGGUAUUGGUUUUGAAACAGCUAAAUCUUUAGCAUUGCAUGGAGCACAUGUAAUCAUGGCCUGUCGCGAUUCAUCAAAAGCUCAUCAAGCUAUCGAUAAAAUUCGCUCAUGUAAAGAAGAAGCUAAAUUGACUUUUCUCAAAUGUGAUCUAUCUAGCUUAUCAAGUGUCAAACAAUGCUGCGAUCUUUUUUCAAAAAUGAACCUGAAAUUGGAUAUUCUUAUUUUGAAUGCUGCAGUUAAUGAAUUGCCUUACACUUUGACUGAAAAUGGUAUUGAAACAACAUUCCAGGUUAAUCAUCUUGGGCAUUUUUACAUGGUUCGUUUGUUAGAAAAAAAAUUAAUUCAAUCUUCCACGAGGAUUGUUUUUGUUUCAUCUGAGAGUCAUCGAUUUAGUACGCUGAAUAAAGAAAAUGUUGACCAAGAUUGGAGUCCGUCUAAUUUCAUAUCUUUCAUGGCAUAUAACGAUUCAAAAUUGUGCAACAUUUUGACAGCUCAGUAUUUACAUAGACGUUUAUGCAAGCAUAAUGUAACCGUUGUAAGUUGUCAUCCGGGAAAUCUGGUUUACACAAAUCUUCAACGAUAUUGGUGGCUGUUACGUGUAUUAUAUUUUCUGUUCAGUCCUUUCACCAAAUCUGCGAACCAAGGAGCUUCAACAGUAAUAUUCUGUGCUGUUACAGAUGAAAUUAGAGAUAUUGGUGGUCUUUAUUUCAAUAAUUGCCAAGAAUGUGAACCAUCAGAAAAGGCUCAAGAUUCGGAAUUAGCUGAUUUAUUAGCCGAUAAAAGUAAUAGAAUGAUUGAUUUUGCAAUGAAUUUUGAAUCUAAAUGAAAAUAUCGAUAGUGUACAAUCGAUAGUAAUAAAUUUUCUUCAACACGAUUCAUUUUGGUUGAAUUGAUUU